AUGAGUGACACUUCAGAGGAUGAUAAUGAGAUCUCCUUUCCAGUAAAGUUCCUUGGCCGUGUUGAGGUGGUCCGCCCUGAUGGACUGCAGGUCCUGUCUGAAGCAGCUCAGAGCCUGAAGACACCGGAUAACUACUCCACAGAAAAGGCAGCAAAGAAGAGCAAAGUCCACUUCUUCCUGUCACUGAGUGGGAUAGACAUUUUGGAAAACAAAACUAAAUUUUUAUUGUACUCCUGCCCUCUGUCCACUAUCUCCUUCUGUGCCGUCCUGCCAUCAUCCCCCAAAGUCUUUGGGUUUGUGGCUAAACACCCUGCAGCGGACAUGAACCACUGUUACCUGUUCCAGAGCAAGAAGUUUUCGCACGUGCUGGUCUCCGUUAUCGGGGACACCUUCCGGGCUUCAAAAAAGGAGGAGAGCAUCAGAGGAGGCCGAGACCUGAUAGUUGAGGCCCUCAGACAUAAGAACAAAAUGCUGCAAAGAGAGAAUGCUGAGCUUAAAAGGAUGCUUGCUGGACAGAUAACUGAGUAAUACCGCCAAUUCUUGCAG